UUCGGUUCCACAAAUCUAUAUUUUCAACUUCCUAAAAUUUUCUCACAAAUCGAUCAUGUUCACUGCACCCAGUUUCUUGAAAAUCCUUCCUUUGUUUUCUUUCAAAUCAACCACAGUUAAAUUACCCAUCUUGCCAACAACCACAAAAUUAUCGCCGCCGUCAUCGCGGCGGCUACGCCUAUUAGCUGAAAGUUCUUUUGGUGUCCCAAGGGAGAUUGUUUCGGGUCCAAAGUAUAGGCCUCUUUCAGUUUCGCCAUCGCCACCGGAGAUUCCAAAAACUCCUGAAGUUGACCCUUCCGAUGCCCCAUUAGAAUUCACCACCGGUGACCCUCCGCCACUUGGUCGUCCCGGGCCUGACCCUGGUCCCGAUUUUCCAAAGCCUCCAUUGGGGCCUCCUCCAGUUGAUCCAGAAGUAGUUCCUCUCCCACCACCCGGUCAAAAGCCACCGCCUGAAGUGGAUCCGCCGCCUUCAACACCUCCGGGUAAUGUGCCGCCACCGUCUAUACCGCCGGAAAUUCCAACACCGAGCAUCCCUCCUGAUAUUCCACCACCUAAAAGUCCUGAUAUUCCAUCACCGAAAGGCCUUCAACUUUGGCAGUCAAUGCAGAUAUUGAAAGAAUCGUAUGCAUCUUCAAAACUCAAUCGUGUUGUCCUCAGUCCAGCUAAAAAUGCAUUUCUUUCAUAUGAAUCAUUUCAUUUUUCUUCCAAUGUAAAAAUACCUACAAACAUGAAAUAUCAAUAA